CCGUGGUGUGAAAACUCGUGGGGUUGUAGUUUUGAAAAAUUCACCACCUCACAAUGUUCCAGGAAAAUGACGGUGUUGAAGUCAAAAAUGACAAGAACAAGUUUGAGGCGUCCAUCAGUGAGCUCAGGACGAAGACCUUCGUGUCUCCCAUUGACAUGGAGAACUACGGGGAUGGUGCGCUUACGGAAGAGUACCUGAGCACCUACCAGCGAUCCCUGGAUGACCCUGAGGGUUUCUGGGGGGAGGUGGGGGGGCUGCUGGAGUGGACCAAGCCCUGGGACAGAGUGUUGGACGACAGCAACCCACCGUUCACGAAAUGGUGGGUGGGCGGCGAGCUGUCGGUGUGCCACAACGCACUGGACCGGCACGUGGCGGCGGGGCGCGGGGAGCAGGUCGCCCUCGUCCACGACUCCCCGCUCACCGACACCGUGCGCCGCAUCACGUACGCCGAGAUGCAGCACCAGGUUUCCCGUCUAGCUGGUAGGCUGACGUCCCUGGGUGUGACGAGGGGUUCCCGAGUGGUGAUCUACAUGCCGCUCAUCCCCGAAGCCGUGGUGGCGAUGCUGGCCACCAACAGGAUCGGUGCUAUACAUUCUGUGGUGUUCGGAGGAUUCGCGGCUCGCGAGCUGAGAACGAGGAUCGAGCAUGCGGAACCCACAGUCAUCAUUGCCGCCAGCUGCGGCGUUGAACCCAACAAAAUAGUCAGAUACAAAGACAUCCUGGACGAGGCGCUGUGCCAGAGCUCCCACCAGCCGAAGCAGUGCAUCAUAUACCAGCGGCGCCGCGUGCUGGAGUGUACCCUGGAGCCGGGCAGAGAUAUCUGCUGGGACGAGGCCCUAGACGCUGAACCGGUGCCCUGCGUGUCCACUGAGGCGAAUGAAGCCCUGUAUAUAUUGUAUACUUCAGGUACUACCGCGGAUCCCAAAGGCGUACAGCGGCCCGUCAACCAAGCUGUAACGUUAUGUUGGUCCAUGAACGCCGUGUACGGCCUCAAGCGAGGCAACGUGUGGUGGGCGGCGUCAGACCUGGGCUGGGUGGUGGGCCACUCCUACAUCUGUUACGGGCCGCUGCUUGCAGGUGUGACGUCAGUCCUAUAUGAGGGGAAACCGGACAGGACGCCGGAUCCGGGACAGUAUUAUAGAAUAAUAGAACAGCACCGCGUGAACGCUCUGUUCACGAUCCCCACUGCUUUUCGUGUGCUGAAGCGAGCUGAUGUUGCGGGGAAGUACGCGAGAAGAUACUGCCAUGGGUCACUGAAGACCAUCUUCAUGGCUGGCGAGCAUUGCGACCAGGAGACCAGGCAUUGGGCGGAGCGCAUCUUCGGCGUACCUAUUUUGAACCAUUGGUGGCAGACGGAGAGCGGUUCCCCCAUCACGUCCGCGUGUCUGGGAUAUGGAGUGCGCGGUGUGCGACCACAUUCCACCGGGUACCCUGUGCCGGGGUAUGACUUAAGGGCAAUAAGAGAGGACGGUACAGAAUGUCCGCGCGGUGAGGUCGGCCGGUUGGUGGUGAAGCAGCCCCUACCCCCAGGCUUUGCAUCCACCCUGUGGCGGUCUGAUGACAGAUUCAAGAAGGUCUACUUUGAAUCUUAUCCAGGCUUCUACGACACACAAGACGUGGGCUGGGUGAGCACUGAAGGUGCUGUUUGGGUGGUCGCAAGAGCUGAUGACGUCAUCAACGUCGCUGGCCAUCGUCUAUCCACCGCCGCCAUUGAGGAUGUGGUGUUGAAACACGCGAGGGUCGCCGAUGCGGUGGUGGUUGGAGCACCGGAUGCCACCAAGGGCGAUGUGCCGUUAUGCUUGUAUGUGAUGCGGCCGCCGCAGGAUGAUGAGGAGAUAGUGGCAGAGAGCAUGGUGACGCAGGAACUGAUAGCGUUGGUUCGACACCUGAUCGGUCCCAUCGCCGCCUUCCGCAAGGCCGUCGCGGUACCGGCUUUACCACGAACCAGAUCUGGCAAGGCAUUACGAGGGGCCAUCGCAAAAUUGGCGCGUUCCCAGCAAGUCAAACUUCCAGCAACCAUUGAAGAUGCUUCGGUUUUCGGCGAAAUCAAAGCUGCCCUGCAGAAAUGUGGCUAUGCUAUCGACGCACCGGAUCCCGAACUAUAAAUUCCAAGUUAUAUAUAUCUUGAUAAGUAAAAAUGCUCAAACGGGCAAAGAGAAUGUCAUAUACUACGUAAAAACGGGUUAAGAUUUUACCCGGCACAAACAAAAUCUAGAUUUUAAAUGAGGAAGGUUUUUUUUUCAUAUUUUUAAUAGCCAUGAAAUGUCAUACGCAGUCCGUUCGAGGUAAAAAAUGCUAAUGAUUAGAAAACCAAAUACAAUGACGGUGGGGAAAGAUGGGAUUAUCCACUUACAUGGGCGUACCCAGGUAGGGGCAGGGGGGGUGGGCAGCUGCCCCUGGCAGAUAAAAUAAACGUCAAUUUUCCUGGAAAAUGGGAAUUAGAAACGUGUUACCAACUCUGCGCAAAAUGAAGUGUUGGAAACAAAAUAUCUUUUCAGUCAGAUUAAUAAAAGUAAAUUUUCAUGAUUUU